AUCGGAUUGGCGGAGGCUUGGUUUGCAGCCCCACAUCGGGGGUGCUACCCCACAGUCCCAGAGAAUGCAUAGUAGAACUCCAUCUGAACAGCCGGUCCACCAAUCUCCUGCCUUAUACUGACCGCUUAGAACCGGGGCCUAAACUCAGCAAGAGAGUUCUCACGGCAGCCAAGUUCCAGGAAAAUUCCGCGGCCAAAAACGAGCCGCAAACGCUCGAGGAUUACAUCGAGGAAGGUGCUAUGGACGAGGAAUCGGGCGACCGCUGGCACGGGUCUGAUCUUGCCAAGGGGCUCAGGUUUUACCAGAAGGCGUUCGACAACUAUAAGCGAGCCACGGAUGUGGGGGCGCCGGGCCAGCGGGACUUGCUUCUGUUGGCGUACUACAAUGCCCUGCGAUUACUAUUCCACGUGUACACGCAGUAUCAGCGAACCGACGGCGUGCAGCUUUCUGAGCUCCCCAAUGUUGCCGAGGUGCUAGACGCUGGUGCAAACUCGGUGGUGCAGGAAAUCCGGGAAAUCAUGAAGACCCACGAAGCCUCGAUCCAGUUUGCAGGCGCCGAUGCCCCGACGGAUCUUCUUUUCAACACCGCCAUGGUAUAUAUAGACGCCAUUGAAGAUUCGGAGUCUCCCGCUGAAUCCUUCCAUUUGGCAAGCCGGGCAAUGGGCCUUUUGACCGAAGUUUUGCAGCGGCAAGUCUCAGAGCUCCAGGCUCCAGCCAGUGGGGCCAAAACGGAGAGUGCUGACGGCACCGAGGAACCGCCCACCAGCGCUUCGGACGUCAUCGACACUGUCAUUUCAGGCUUCAAUCUUGCCCAGACUUUGUACGAGUCGGUGGGCAGUUCCGAGCAGGAUAUUGCGGCCGCAUGCUCGCUUCUAGGCACGUUUGCCGUCGACGCAGACCAAGUGGCCCUCGGGAUAUUGAGCCAAUCUGCCGAAAUCACCGAGACCCACAGAAACGAGUACUUGAUCUCGAAGGCGUACGCGGCGGCUGCCUCGUGCGUGCCAUUUGAGGACGUCGUGAAAACAUGGGAAGACUCCCUGCUUCCCAAUACCCCCGAGCGGUACAUGCUGGCAGCAGAUUGCAUGGACUGUUUCAUGCAGCGAUCUGGCGUGUGCUCCGGGCCCGCUGCAAACCCAGAGACAUACUGGGCGGCCCUUUCCAAGAUGAACCAGUAUCUCAAAGUAGCGCAGGAAUUACUAACCGAGCGGCUUGCGGCCGCCAGAUCGGCCGCCGGGUCCAGCCAACAAAUGGGCUUAGGAGCCGUCAUCUCGCAGAUCGCCAAGAUCCAUAUUGCGCGUUCAGACAUCGAUCUCCAGCGGUCCCAGCUUCCCUUGGAGCAGGCGGAAAAACACCAGGCGCUUCUCGCCAACAACGCCAAGGCGUUUUUGAAGAACCCAUUUAAGAGGCUGAGAUUCCAAACAAAAAACUUUGGCUUUCCAGUGGUUCCCAGUAUCCUCGAGUAUUACUUUCCACCACGAGCAAAACACCGGGAUGGCUCCACCGAAGUGACUACUGUUUUCUUCUACACGACCAGUGCAUACUGUUGGUUCUAAAAUAUUUAUUAUGGAUCUAUAGACAAAGGCGCUCGGGGCGGCAUGUUUGUGAGAGGCUCCAGAGCCACGUGAGAAGGGAAAAAAACUAGAGAAUGGGGAACUCCGUGAUGUUGCUUCCCAUGAAAGAAACAUCCGGAUACUCGUCUUCACACAGCGUGGCCAUCGCCAGAUACACUGUGGGGCUGUGCAAAUAUUUGAGGUUGAGCAGUGCCGUUCGUUGGUUGGCCACCAACAUGUUGAGCACAUUUACUUUGAGCGAAUAUAGGGCGAUAAGAACAAAUCUCAUUUUGGGAGAAAGAGACGAAUCACGGUCGUGUUUGUGUUUGCA